AUGCAUUCGGGCAGCCAGGCCGAUUUGAAUAGCAUCCAUGGUCACGCAUAUGACUUUAUCAUCUGUGGGGGUGGUACGUCGGGUUGUGUCAUUGCAUCUCGUCUUGCCCGCAUACCAAAUAUCUCCGUACUCCUCGUCGAGUCCGGACGGGACGCCGGUCUAAGUCCAGAUGUUCUUAUUCCAGGGAACUAUGUUAAGCAGCUUCAGGAGGACAAAGCCGGGCUGUGGGAGUUGGAGACCGUUCCCCAACGGCACUUGAAAGAUCGAAAAUUGGUUUUCCUGCGUGGUAAACAACUAGGGGGCAGCUCUGCGGUCAAUUAUAUGGCUCUUGCCCGAGGUCCGGCUGCAGACUACGACGAAUGGGCAAGGUUGACUGGAAAUGAUGGGUGGAAAUGGGAAAGUGUUCUCCCCUUAAUGAAAGAGCUCGAGGAUUUUGACCCCCGACUCCCACCGGGGGUGGAAGACUUUGCGCGCCCGAAGCCUUCUGACCAUGGAAGAUCAGGGCAAGUGAAACCAGAAAUGGUACCCGGUGUGGAGACAUUUUUCAAAGCUUGUGUUGAAACCGGGAUGCCUGUGUGCCUGGACAACAAUUCCGGGAACCCCGUGGGAGUUGGACUGGCACAGUUCAAUGUCCGCCGGGGUGAGAGGAGUUACGCAGCCAAUGCAUUUCUGGAUCACUCUUCACGCACUCGGCUCCCGAAUCUAACAAUCAUGACAGACACUGAAUGUGACAAAAUUUACUGUGCAGACGGGACCGCCACGGGAGUCGAGUUAUAUCACAAGCCAACUCAAGAAACGGCUGAUUGUUUUUUCAAAGUAUACAUUAGAUGUCGGAGAGAGGUAGUACUGUGCGCGGGAACCUUUGGGUCUCCCAAGAUAUUGAUGCUCUCUGGAAUUGGGCCACUUGAUGUUCUAAACCGACAUGGAAUCUUACCAGUCUUGAAUUCACCAGGAUGCGGUCGAAAUAUGCUCGACCACUCGAUCAUCACAUGUGAAUACAAGGUGGACGAUAAAAUCCCUGCGCAUAAUCAGAUCUUUCUUGACCCGGACCUCCAUAAGCAGGCGAAAGCCCAGUAUGCAGACAGCCGCACUGGGCCGUUGGCCAUGUACGGAUCCAGUGGAACCGUGGCAUUCCCAAGGAUUCAGAGACUGUUUGAAUCCAAGGAGUUUGCUGAUCUGGACGGCCAAACUCAGAAGUUUUUACUGGACUCCACCAGGCCUUCUGCAGAAAUCUGGCUUGGAUCGGGCCCGAGCUUCUAUCCCGCGAAUGAUCCAACAAAGAGUUACAUUACCCAUGAGAUGCUCAUACAGAACAAUCUCUCCAAGGGCACCGUGACACUUCGAUCACGCGAUCCACGCGAUCCACCCCUCGUGGAUCCAAAUUUCCUUUCUCACCCCUUUGACAAGCGUAUCGCAAUCGAAACGGUCCGUACUGCUUUAAAGGUGGCGAACACGGCGGCAUAUCGAGGAACAAUUGAGAGGAUCGUGCAUGGUCCGCGCAUCGACAUCAAUUCGACGAAACCAGACAGUAUAAGGGACGAAGAGCUGCUGGAUUUCAUUCAAGAUCAUCUUGACCAGGGCUAUCACAGUAUGGGUACCUGCAAGAUGGGAGCACGUGAGGAUCCGACUGCCGUUGUCGAUGAUCGAUUCCGCGUGUUUGGAAUGCGGAACUUGCGCGUGGCGGAUCUCAGUGUGUGUCCCAUCCUUACCUGCAAUCACACACAGAUCAACGCCUACUUGAUAGGUAUUCGCUGUGCGCAAGAGAUGGAAAAAUAUUAUAAGGGGACCACAGAGCGGGCGGGAAGAUUAUGA